AUGUCUAUAACAACUAAUUUACAUUUAGUUAAUUCGGUGCCAAUGAAUGAUAAUAACAAUUCGCCAUUGCUCAAUAGCAACAACAUCAUCUCAGCAUCAAAUGUAUCAUAUUCCAACAAAGUUCCCAUUUACAAUCAAUCACCAAUUCAUAACGAUGUAUUAGGACAAUUAUCUUCGUCACGUGACGACUCGAUUCCUUCGUUUAUUGACGCGUCAAAUGCUGCUGAAGGAUCUCCUCCUUACCUAAACGCGUCUAGCCCAACUGGCGACGUUGCCUCUUUUAUGGAUAUUGCAAAAUUGACAGAAACGCCAUCAAACAUAUCCGAGACUUCUGACAAUACAACCUACGCUAGCUACAUACCACCAUCUCCCAGCUAUAUUCCUCCUCGCAACAAUUUCGAUAGUACCCCCGUCCAAAAUUAUAAUGAGACUACCAUUGAAAACUCACUCGUUUCCAAUGAUCCAUAUAAUGAAAAUCAAAGGUUAUUAGAUGAUAUAACCAGUCCAACAAGCUCCGGAGGCACUCUGAAUUCAGAUAACAACAGCAGCAACAAUCGUUCAUUGGCUCAAGUAAAAAUACACGAGAGACUUCAAAUAAUUAUAAUAAGAGCACAAAUACUAAAUGAUGCUGCCGAAGCUGAUGUUCCAGAUGGUGAACCUCAUCGACAAGGAGACGCACGUAGCCAAUCGAACAAGAAGAGAGAACACACUGAAAUGGAAGGUUCCUUAAUAUUUGAAAAAUAUUUAUCAUUAUUUAAUUUAAGUAUACUUUAUGAAGACAUAAUGAAUAUUAAUUCGUUAAUACUAUAUGCGUAUGGAUAUAGAGCGCCUUCAGAAACUCUUAAUCAGCGACUGUUUACAAAAAAGAAACGGGUUCGGGAACACUUUGAAGAUCUAGAAUCAUGUUACUUAUCCUAUCGAUUGCAAGAUAAUUUAUUUGGAUCAUCUUCCAUGGUUUCUAGUAUUGAAUUUGACUGUGAUGACGAGUACUUUGCCACGAAAAAAAUUAAGAUUUUCGAGUAUGGCAAUAUCGAACGGCAGCUUGUUGGAGCUUCACUAGGUUAUAAUAAUAAUGUGAGCUCUUCCGUUAGGGAUAACAUUUGUUUAUCAUGGAAUACGUAUAAAACUCAAAUUGCAAGUGCAGAUUACGAUGGCGUGGUCUCCCUAUGGGACGUUAAUACCGGAAUGCAAGUAAUGUCUUUCGAUGAACAUGAAAAGCGUGCUUGGAGUGUUGACUUUAGCAGAAUGGAUCCUACAAAAUUGGCUAGUGAUCAUCAUGGCGACACACGCGAGAACCAGUGUUCGUUUAUAAAGGCCAUCAUAAAGCGGUGUCUUAUGUUAAAUUCUUGUGAUCCAAUAUCGACGGAUAGCACCCUAAGACUCUGGAAUACCAAUACAAAUUCAUGCGUAAGGACUUUCACUGGAUACGUAAACGAAAAAAAUUUCGUGGAUCUUAUUAUGACUGCCGAUUGGAUCAUGUGUGGCAGUGAAGAGAAUUCAGUCAUUGCUUAUUAUAAACCUUGCGAAGAGGCUCCAGAAAGUGAUGCAUCCCUAUUUGUAAGUUCCGUCUGUUGGAAAAAGAAUUCGAAUAUUGUGCUAGCGAAUAGUCAGGCACUAUCAAAGUGUUAG